AUGGCCACCCGGAGCCUGGGGGGCCUGAGCGGGAGCCGCGGCGGGGGCGGCGGCGGCGGCGGCGGCGGCGGCAAGAAGAGCCUGAGCGCCCGCAACGCUGCGGUGGAGAGGAGGAACCUCAUCACCGUGUGCAGGUUUUCUGUGAAGACUCUAAUUGAUCGGUCCUGCUUUGAGACAAUUGACGAUUCUUCUCCUGAAUUUAACAAUUUUGCAGCUAUUUUGGAACAGAUUCUAAGUCACCGGCUAAAAGGUCAAGUAACCUGGUUUGGUUAUGAAAGUCCUCGUAGCUUCUGGGACUAUAUCAGAGUGGCUUGCCGGAAAGUUUCACAGAAUUGUAUCUGCAGCAUUGAAAAUAUGGAAAAUGUCAGUUCCUCUAGAGCUAAGGGUAGAGCCUGGAUCAGAGUAGCACUCAUGGAAAAGCAUUUAUCUGAAUACAUCUCUACAGCUCUGAGAGACUUCAAAACAACCAGACGAUUUUAUGAAGAUGGAGCAAUUGUCUUGGGUGAGGAAGCAAAUAUGCUCGCUGGCAUGCUGCUUGGACUCAAUGCUAUCGAUUUCAGCUUUUGCCUCAAGGGAGAGGGAUUGGAUGGAAACUUUCCUGCUGUAAUAGACUACACACCAUAUUUGAAGUUUACCCAAAGUUCUGACAGUAUCAGCAGUGAUGAGGAAGAGCUGAGGACUUUGGGAAGCAGUGGUAGUGAAAGCAGCACUCCAGAAAAUGUCGGGCCUCCUUUCAUCAUGGAUGAGAAUAGUUGGUUCAACAAGUGUAAGAGAGUUAAACAGAAGUAUCAGCUAACCCUGGAACAGAAGGGUUAUCUUGAAGAACUCUUACGACUUCGAGAGAACCAGCUGUCUGAAUCUGUCUCGCAGAAUAAGAUACUACUUCAGAGGAUCGAAGAUUCUGAUCUGGCCCAUAAAUUGGAAAAGGAACAAUUAGAAUAUAUAAUUGUGGAGCUUCAAGAUCAGCUGACUGUGCUAAAGAAUAAUGAUUUAAGAUCAAGACAAGAGUUAACUGCCCAUCUCACCAACCAGUGGCCUUCCCCAGGAGCUCUGGAUGUCAAUGCUGUUGCCUUGGAUACGUUGCUUUACCGAAAACACAAUAAACAGUGCAUUUCACCCUUGUUUUACAGAAAAAGUUAUCACAGUCUUGACCAGUUAUCAGCUGAAGUUAGCCUUUCUCAGACAUCAUUGGAUCCAGGUCAGUCACAAGAAGGAGAUGGAAAACAAGACACGUUAAAUUUAAUCAGUGAAGGUAAAGAAGAUACUCCCUCAUUACUUGGUCUCUGUGGGUCUCUAACAUCAGUGGCAAGUUACAAAUCUCUAACAAGUCUCAAAUCUAAUGACUACCUUGCAAGUCCCACAACAGAGAUGACGAGUCCAGGCCUAACUCCAUCCUGAAAAAUUUUAUGUAAAAGCCAAAAGUUUUUAUGUUGCAAAUGUUCUAUUUACGUAAGUUUGACUGCUGGGAAAACCUUUGGAAUUUUAUAUUGUUCUGGCACAUGUCUGGAAUUCUAUUGCUUCUAUUAGAGAAUUCAGUCCAUUACAUGUGCCAUUCUGAGUGAAAAAGAUCCUGCCAUUUUAAGAUUCUUAUAUUUGUCACUGAGGAAGUUUAAAAAUGAAUAGACUUUAAAAACUUUCAAAUAUCCUCUAAAUUAAUAAUCCAUUACAAAUUGUGAUGUAUAUUUAUUAUUCAGCUGAUUUGCAUAUAUUUAAAUGUACCAUAAUCACCAGAGACUGAGUUCAAGGUUUUAUUCCAGAGACUAAGCUAAGUAUUUUUACUAUUUUAUUCAUUGAUCACAUUUUCUAAAACUGACAAUUUCAUUUUUCAUUAAUUUCCUCCUAGGUUCUGAUGUUUAAAUGCCUGGUUUUUAGUAUGAGGAAAAGGUUCUCAGCUCAUUUCAUAGUGGCUUACUUGGUUUUUCUUUAACAGUUAUCAUUUGGCAUCAACAUUCCAUUAACACUUUAUAAAUUUUGUAGGAAUUAUGUCUUAGGCCAUUACUAAAUUUGUUGGGGUCAUAGGGAAAGUAUUUCACACCAUUUUGGUAAAAUGAAUAAAUUGUUUCCCCAAGAUUUUAAAAGGUUACUUAAAAAUAUCAAAUAUUCCUCAAUAUUUGGGACAUUUAAAAAUGUAGAACAGAUGUUGGAAAGUUCAUUUGAGGAUUUGAGAACCUUCAAGUAAGGAUCAGUAGAGUAUCACCAUAGUCAACAGUAUGUCUGACAAACUGCUGUUUUGUUCUCCCUCAUGUGCAGCAAUGAAUCAUGCCAUGUUAAUGUUAAAAAUUGAUACUAAUGUAAAAAUCCCUGCACUUCUACAGGUAAAAAAAAAAUCGUUUUUUAAAAAGUUAAGUGCUAUAAUUUUUUUUUUUUUGCAGUUUUUGGAACUAUAUAGUUCAUCCAUCAAAAUCCCACCAUAUUAAGACAAAAUGUAUGAAGUAUAUUUUCUAUAGUAAGUAAUAUGAGGAAAAACACGAUCAGUUGUGCCAAAGAAGUUUUAUACAUUGUUUACAUGAAGAGGACACAAUACUUAAUGGGGACUUCAUAUGCUAUUUUUGUUUAUUAAUGAAAUACUGCAUUCAAACUUAGCUUGGACAUAUAGAAACAGUGUUUCCCCUACAACAAUUUAUUUUAUUCAGAGGAGGCAAGCUGAACUUGUUACAUCAUUCUUUGUAUUAGAAAUGUAGGAGUGUGGUGGUUCUGUGCAAUAUUUAGAGCUCUAAUCUCAUAAUUUGGAAUUUAAGAUAAUGAUAAUAAGGCUAGUCUUAUAUGAAAGUUCAAAUGCUGUCAUUUCAGGGACAAAGGAGGUCUGGAAACUGUUAAAAUAAGUUGUCCCAGAACAUAUUCAGAGCUUUAUUCCUUUAGCUUAAGGCCUUAGCACUUGUAAAAAUGCAAAUAUUCUUGAAAAAUGGUUUCUUUAACCAUUUAAUGGUACGUACUCUUAAUCCUGUAUACCUUAUUAUGAGUGGGGUAUCCAAAGCAAUUUUUAAUGGGCACAAAGAUGAAAGAAAAAUACAAAAUAAGGACAGUGGAAACCUAGAGAGGAGGGAAUAGGAAAUGGCUAAGGAGGGAAACUAGAAUAUUUUUUAGGCUGGCCUUAAGCACUACUGCUGCUUUCCUAAAAAAUGAUCAGAAUGUUUAAAAUGCUUUAUCAUCCAUGAUCCACUCUCAACUGAUAAUUACUAUUCCUCAGUAAUUAAAAAAAUCAUUGUUAAAUUUUUUCCAUACAUUUUUAUAAUAAGGGAAAAUCAAGAUUCCAUAAUUGAUAACAUUUUUCAGAUUUGUCUAAUGCAUACAGUAACUUGUGCAUCUUAAUGUGCUGCUAAAUGCAGAUUUAAACAUGACAUCUGAGGAUCAUGACUUUUCCUCCUUUCUUGGAGCUCUUGGUAUAAAAUUCAUCUGCUAAUGUGAAUUCAGGUUUCUAUACAGUUCAUUUCACACUAGUUAGUUAUACAUGUAGUUAAUGUUUGCAUGAGGAAACAAUGUAUGUCUCAAUCUUUAAUUUUAGGUGGUAGUGUUUAUUGUUUACACACCCUACCCAAAACAGAAUGCUGAAUUAUAUGCUAAUAUUUCCAUGUGUAUUUUGUUGCCUUGUACUAUACUUGUUGCAUGUGUAUUAAAUGUUUUGUACCAUG